AAAAGAUUCUAGAAAAGCAGGUCAGGAAGAAGGACUUACGGUUUGGAAGCUCUUGAGCGAAGGUGAAUGGGUUAUCAAGGCAGUGAAAAGUCCAGAGAACAGAGUGUAGAUAGAGCAACUUUCCUGCAAUAAAUGAAAGGCUGCCGCAGUGGCUGCUCUCCCCUUCCUCUGAGGAGGCACCAAGGGCCUCGGAAGAAGGCCAGCACCCUGAGCUGGGGAAGAUGAAGGUGUCCAUGGUGCUGUCUCUCAUUGGGUACCUGGUGGUUCCAAGUGACACUGCGGUUCUGGGGCGCUGCGUGGUGGCUAAGAAGCUCCAUGAUGGAGGCCUGAGUGAUUUUGAGGGCUACAGCCUUGAAAACUGGGUGUGCCUGGCUUAUUUUGAGAGCAAGUUCAACCCUAUGGCUGUCUAUGAAAACUCGCGCAGUGACUUCAUUGGAUAUGGCCUCUUUCAGAUCCGCAACCAUGACUGGUGUGACCACGGCAGGAACCGCUGCCACAUGUCUUGCUCUGCUUUACUGAAUCCAGAUUUAAAUAAGACAAUCGAAUGUGCCAAGACAAUUGUAAAAGGGAAAAGAGGGAUGGGAGCAUGGCCCUCUUGGACUCUCAACUGCCAGCACUCUGACACUCUGGCACGGUGGUUGGACGGAUGCAAGCUGUAGCUGCUGGGAAAGCCGCUGCCACACUUGCCGCUGGCAUCUUCCUAGUGGAGAAGCUGUCCUGCUUCACUGCAUUUACUCAUCCUGUUGAUUAUCCCACCGCAGGAUGCUCCAGAGGGAAGACGGCAAAAGUUUGCUUUAUUUGGGGAUGCAGGAUACAGAAUAAACUGCUAUUUAUUCAACCU